UAUAUUUAUUUAUUUAUUCAACAAUUUGAUGGUUCUAUAUAAUAAUUUAAUAGUUGAAGCCUACUCUGUUUGUAAGCUCCAUCAAUUCGAUCGAGUCGAACCAUUUUUGUUUUGGUUUUUAUUUUGUUCGGUUUGUUUUUCAUUUUAAUUUCAUUAACUUUGUUAUUUUGGUGUUUCAUUGUAAGUUUGUAUAAUGGUUGCUAAAGUUUUAAUUACCGGUGGUUCAGGAUAUAUUGGAUCACAUUGUGUUGUUGAAUUAUUGGAAAAUAAUUUUACUGUAAUUGUAAUCGAUAAUCUUGUCAAUUCUGUCUGUUUGAAUGGUCAAUCAUUACCAGAAAGUUUACGACGAGUUCAACAGAUAACCGGUAAACAGAUUAGUAAAUUUUAUUGUGGUUCAACCGAAAAUGCCGAAUUAUUGGAUAAAAUAUUUACCGAAAAUAGUCCGAUCGAUGUUGUUUUACAUUUUGCUGCAUUAAAAUCUGUAGCCGAAUCAGUUCAACAACCAUUACGAUAUUAUCGUAGUAAUGUUGGCGGAUCGAUUACACUGUUAACAGCUAUGGAAAAAUAUGGUGUUAAAAAAUUUAUAUUUUCAUCUUCAGCAACUGUAUAUGGUGAACCACAAUAUCUACCAUUGGAUGAAUCACAUCCAAUCGGUAUUAAAUGUACAAAUCCAUAUGGCCGUAGUAAAUGUAUGGUUGAACAAAUUCUUAAAGAUAUUUGUCAUAUCAAUCCAGAAUGGUCAGUGAUAUCAUUACGUUAUUUUAAUCCGGUUGGUGCUCAUAAAUCUGGAUUGAUUGGUGAAGAUCCAAACGAUAUACCAAAUAAUCUAAUGCCUUAUAUUAGUCAGGUGGCUGUCAAAGUUCGAACACAUUUAAAUGUAUUCGGUAAUGAUUAUCCUACCGUUGAUGGUACAGGUGUACGUGAUUAUAUCCAUAUUGAUGAUCUAUCUAAUGGACAUAUUGUUGCUUUGAAACAUAUGUUAUCAUCGCCCAAAAAUUGGUCCGGUUAUAAUCCAAUUAAUUUGGGCACCGGUUCUGGAACUUCUGUUUUACAGAUGAUUGAAUCAUUUGAAAAAUCUACUGGCAUUAAAAUUCCAUAUAAAAUUGUCGAAAGACGAUCAGGAGAUUUAGCCACAUUAUAUGCCAAUGUUAAUCUUGCCAAAAAACGUCUUGGUUGGGUAGCGAAAAAAAAUAUCAAUGAUAUGUGUUCAUCCACUUGGAAUUGGCAGUCAAAAAAUCCAAAUGGUUUUCGAUGUUAACACAUCAAAUACAUGUUGCUCAAUAUUU